AUUACAAUAAUGAAUCAUCUAAUAAGCUGCAUGAACUUGAUUUAUAGUUGGUUUUUCCUUGAGUUGGAAAAGUCAUAGCAGUUAGUGUUUUUGUAAGACAAUAACUUUCUUCGGUAUCUGUUCAUCUAUUAAUAAGCUAUCAAGAUUGCUAAUAAAAUGCGACGUUCCCAUUCAGGAGGUUAUGGCUACGAGCCGUUACCAAGUACAUCUGCUCACAAUACUAUGGAAGACGAGAAUGAGAGGAUGACUGAAGAACUGAAGGAUAAAAUUCAUGCUUUAAAGUCAUUAUCUAUUGACAUUGGCACGGAAGUCAUAUACCAAGAUAAAAUGCUAAGAGGCAUGGACGACGAUUUCGAUAGAACAAGUGGUUCCUUAUCUGGUUCAGUAACACGUGUUUUGCGUUUAGCAAAGGCAGGCCACAAUUAUUAUAUUUUAUAUUUAUUUCUUUUUUCUAUAGCAGUAUUUUUUGUGUUGUGGUUAGUUUUGAAGUUUAAAUGAUGGUAUGUAAGGAGUGUACAUCACUUGUACGUGAGCCGAUUGCGCAGAAAUCACUUAUUAUCUCGUUAGAAAAAAAAAAACUACGCAAGCGAUUGGCAGUGGACAAUUGCAACAGUGUACAAGUGAAUCACUCCCGUAAGAUUUAUGGAAGAUUUAUGGCUAAUAUAAGAAAGAGA